AUGGAGCCCAGGAGGGUGGGGCCUGGGGCGCACUGCUGGGGGCCUCGGGUGGCCGCGGGGUCGGGGACGGCUGCGGAGCUCGUGUACCACCUAGCGGGGGCCUUGGGCACUGAGCUGAAGGAGCUGGCGCGCCGCUUCGGGCCGGAGGCGGCGGCCGGGCUCGUGCCGCUGGUGGUGCAGGCGCUGGAGCUCCUGGAAAAGGCGGCCGUGGGGCCCGCCCCGGACUCGCUGCAGGUAUCCGCGCAGCAGGCCGAACUCGAGCUGCGGCAGCUGCGGGAGGAGAACGAGCGCCUCUGCAGAGAGUUGCGCUCUGGGCCACAGGAGGAGCGCGCUCUGCUGCGGCAGCUCAAGGAGGUGACCGACCGCCAGCGGGAUGAACUCCGGGCGCACAACCGCGACCUGCGGCAGCGCAGCCAGGAGACUGAGGCGUUGCAGGAGCAGCUGCAGCGCCUCCUGCUGGUGAAUGCGGAGUUGCGGCACAAGCUGGCCGCAGUACAAGCCCAGCUGCGCGCCGCGCGGGACCGCGAGAGCGAAUCAGAGCGGCGGCGCGAAGCGACCUUGGAGCCCGCGCCAGAGCAGGCGCACGGCCAGGCCGCGGCGCCCGGGUGCGAGCAGAGGCAGGAGCCCGAGACGGCAGCCACGGGCACAGGAGCCCCGGGGACCCCUGAGGACCGGGCGGAUGCCCUGCCGCCGCCAGGACGCCCCCCCAAGGUAGGGCAGUGCGGCUUCAGUCGAGAGGAGGUUGAACAGAUCCUUCAGGAGAGGAAUGAGCUCAAAGCCAAUGUGUUCCUGCUGAAGGAGGAGUUGGCCUACUUCCAGCGGGAGCUGCUCACAGACCACCGGGUCCCCGGGCUUCUGCUCGAAGCCAUGAAGGUGGCUAUCAGGAAGCAACGAAGGAAGAUCAAGGCCAAGAUGUUAGGGACCCCAGAGGAAGCAGAGAGCAGUGACGAUGAGGAUGGCUCAUGGCUCCUGCUCUCCAGGGAUAAGGGAGACCACCUCCAGCCCCCACCCCCUGAGUCCAGAAUACAGAGUUUGUAUGUCGGGGGAAGAGGAAGGACAAAUGUGGUGGGAGUGGAGGGACCCCACCUUUCCCGCUCCACUGCGGCUCACCCAGCCGCCCUGAGCUCUGAGCAUGCCCGUCCCCUCCCACUCCUCUGGUGGCCCCUUUACCUCCCCCUGCCUCAUGCUGCCCUGUCGUCCUCUUGAGUCCCCUUUUUACAGCACCCCCUGCCUUCGGCCCCUAUCCUUGACCUCCCUGGCAUCCAGGCUCACAGCACCUCUUGGCUC